AGGGUAUUCCUGUGCUAACGUAGAUACCCCUCCGAGCAGAAGACCACCGCUCUUACGCGUCGGCUCCCCCCUUUUACCCCACUAGUUUGGCCGUUCGGUUUCGUAUUUCAUGGGAGCCCGAGCGCUUUGAACGCUCUUCGUCCCAUUAACAUACAUAUUUUGCGGUACCGAAGGUACAGCAUCUCUUCGCGACUGUUGACCAGUACGAUCCGCGAGUGCGUAAGAAUUGGGUGUUCGUAGUGGAGCGGUGUUCCUGUAGCUGCUUCGAAGAACCUUCUAAAAUGGGGACCAUACCGCAACUAUCCGUAGUUCGAGGACCAUCCAGACAUAUCAAUCCAGAAAACUUGAACAGAAUUUUUGAAAAAGUCGCUUCCGGACAGUCCGCAAUGAAUACUGCCAUUAUUUUUAAAGAAAAUGACCAAAUCAGACAGCACACUUACGACCAAGUGAACAAAAUCACCAACAAAUUGGCACGAGCAAUUCAUCAUGAGAUCGUCCACAACAACUUGGCCAGAAACAGUGACGGUGAUUAUAUCGUUGCCGUUAACAUGAAUCCCAGCGAGCAACUGGUGAUGGUCCUCCUCGCUAUCUGGAAAUCGGGAACGGCCUAUCUUCCUUUGGACCACGCCUUUCCUGGACCUAGGAUCGAGCAUAUUUUGAAAGAAUCGAAACCAGCACUGGUUAUUUACGACAAAGACUCUGAAUUCUACAUGGGCAGUCCUAAAAUAUCGUUGGAUCAGCUGUUAGUCGCCAGCGCUGAACAAGACGAUGCCAACCUAUGCGAAGAUGAAAGAGUUCGGCACAUCAAGGACGAUCUCGCAGUGGUCUUGUACACUUCCGGCAGUACUGGCAUUCCUAAAGGCGUGAGACUUCCCCACAAAGUGAUACUCAACCGUCUUCAAUGGCAGUUCAAACGAUUUCCGUACAGUGCCACCGAAAAAGUGUGCGUUUUCAAAACUGCUCUUACCUUCGUCGAUAGUGUCUGCGAGAUUUGGGGCCCAUUGUUAAAUGGUCUCGCCGUUUUGGUGGUUCCCAGGUCGCUGACAAAAGAUCCCGAGAAACUUAUAGACCUUUUGGGGGAGUACAAGAUUGAACGUCUUGUCUUGGUGCCGUCUCUCUUGAGAUCUCUGCUGAUGUAUCUUCAGCUGCAAAAAACCAAGGCCGUUUUGGGACACCUGAAAACGUGGGUGUGUUCCGGAGAAAUCCUUGCGGUUUCCCUUGCCGAAGAAUUCUUCGAUUAUUUCCCAGAAGGCCGCCACGAACUAUGCAACUUUUACGGCAGCACCGAGAUCAUGGGAGAUGUCACCUAUCACGUGAUCUCGUACCGCAACCAACUGGACCAACACCAAAAAGUUCCUAUAGGAGUUCCGAUCGACAACACCAUGGUCUAUCUUCUAGACAAGGAUUUCAGGCCCGUAAACGCCGGUGACGUGGGGGAAUUAUUCGCAUCCGGUCUCAAUCUGGCCGCCGGAUACGUCAACGGCAGGGAUCCGGACAAAUUCCUGGAAAACCCUCUCGCGAUAGACCCCGCCUUUUCAAAACUUUACAGGACGGGCGACUUUGCCAGACUGGAAAACGGCACCCUGAUAUACGAAGGACGGACGGAUUCGCAAGUCAAGAUAAGGGGCAACCGGGUGGAUCUGACGGAAGUCGAACGGGCUGUUCAUUCGAUUGAGGGGGUGGACAAGGCGGUGGUACUAUGCUACAAACCGGGCGAAAUCAGUCAAGCUUUACUCGCAUUCGUCACUACCAAAAAGCUGAUGACCGAUCAUCAGAUCGAAAUUCUCCUGAGGGACAAACUGACGUCGUACAUGAUUCCGCAGGUGAUUUUGAUCGAUACCGUUCCACUUUUGGUAAACGGCAAGAUCGACCGGCAGGCGCUCCUCAAAACUUACGAGAACACCAACAAUAAUGACGAUUUCAAACCCGAAGUGGAAAUUUCGUAUGAGGGCGUGUCUUCGCACCUGAUGACGCCGGCUAGACAUUUGUUCGAAACGGUAGCGUCGGUUUUGGGUCGCGCCGCCAGGUCUGCCAUUUCGAUAGACGCGAACUUUUACGAAAUCGGCGGGAACUCUUUGAACUCAAUAUUCACCAUUUCGAGGCUAGCUGACAAGGGAUACCAUAUAAAUAUCGGAGAUUUUAUUUCCGCGGCAAAUUUCGAAGAAAUAUUGUACAAUAUGACGUCGGCCACGAAGAGUAAUAAACAACCGCACAAAUUUACCGCCGAAUUGCUCAAGCCGGAAGAUAAAAUGGCGGUGCUGGAUAUGGUAACGACCAGUUUCUAUCAAAAAGCAGACCUCGAACAAUGGAUAAUCUCUGAGAUAUCUGAGUCCGAUUACGAUGAGCUCAUUGACGCCCUGUGGGAGCCACUGGUAGAGAAAAACCUGAGCUUCGUCGCCAAAUCCGAGUCCGGGAAAAUAGUGGGGGUAGCUUUGAAUUUUGACGCCCGAGAUGAACCGGAAGUCGAGAUCAAAUCGAAACUGACUGUGAUAUUCGAGUUUUUGGAGAGCAUCGAGGGACCCGUUAGCAGAGACAACAAAUUACCUCCCGGUAAGGGGCAAAUUCUCCAUUCGUUUAUGAUGGCCACUCAUUCGUCACUGAGCGCCAAAGAAAACGUAGCGGUAAUGCAAUUCAUGGAAGACGAGGUCUUGAAUCUAGCCCGAUCUAGAAAUUUUUCCGGGAUAUUUACGACCAAUACCAGUCCCCUGACGCAGCAACUAGGUACGGACGUGCACAAAUAUCAGAUAAUGCUGGACUGCCAGGUUAAUCAAUACGUAGCCAGCGACAAUACCAAACCCUUUGGUCAAGCUCCUGAUGACCAGAGGGCUAUCGUACAGUGGAAGCCGAUCAAUGCCUAAUAUAUACAAAAUUUAAAACAAACAAAAUUGGUUUUUAACUUCGUGUAUUAAUUUAUUUCGUAGCUAGAAAUAGGUAAGAAGCUUUUAUAGUUACCUAAGAGUGUAUAUAGUUUAUUUAGUUAAUUUUGUGAUAUAUUUAUUGUCUUACGGUAUUUAAUAAAUAAAAAAUAAAAAA